UACCGCGUAAAAGUUUCUUUCUGAGAAGACCAGAGGAAAAGGCUUCGGAAGCAAAGCAGAAUCCAUUUUCAAGCCACCGUAAUUUACAGGCACAUCAAUAAAAACCCACACGAUUGAUCGGAUCCGCUCAAUUGAGAAAUUGAGAUAUUCGUAAUUCCGCCGUUUCAAUUCAGUGUUUCUUUGUACAAUCCGAUCAGCCGCGAUGAGUUUUCUCUUCGGCAAGCGCAAAACUCCAGCAGAACUCCUCCGGGAAAAUAAGAGGAUGCUGGACAAGUCGAUCAGAGAAAUUGAAAGGGAAAGACAAAGUCUUCAAACACAAGAGAAGAAACUAAUUGCAGAGAUUAAGAAAAGUGCCAAGCAAGGGCAAAUGGGCGCUGUGAAAGUAAUGGCAAAAGAUCUUGUUAGAACCAGGCACCAGAUUGAAAAGUUCUACAAGCUUAAAUCACAACUUCAGGGCGUAUCUCUUAGAAUUCAGACUUUGAAGUCAACCCAAGCAAUGGGAGAAGCGAUGAAAGGUGUGACAAAGGCAAUGGGACAAAUGAAUAGGCAGAUGAACUUGCCAUCCCUGCAGAAAAUUAUGCAAGAAUUCAUGAAACAGAAUGAAAGAAUGGAACUGAUGACUGAAGUUAUGGAAGACGCAAUUGAUGAUGCUUUGGAAGGAGAUGAGGAAGAGGAAGAGACAGAAGAAUUGGUCAGCCAGGUUCUUGAUGAGAUAGGAAUUGACAUGAACCAAGAGCUCGUGAAUGCACCUUCGACUACUGUCACUGCACCAGCAGCAAAGACAAAAGUCGCACAAGCUGAAGCAACAGGGAACGAUGAUGGAGGAAUAGACAGCGAUCUUCAAGCCAGACUAGACAACUUGAGGAAAAUGUGAAAUGUGAAUGUGAUCUUCAUUUCUUUUGUGUAUAUUGAAUCAUUGAUAUCGUCCAUCCUGACUACAUCAAGGAAGGACCAUUUACGCCACUGCCAUGAUAUAUACUUCAUAAAUUUAUGCCAUUAUUUCUUGACCUUGUUUGGGUAUGCAAAAAGAAGCGGUGUCUUGUAUUGUAUAUACUCAUAUAUUGGUCC